CAGGGGCGUGGGCACCGGGAGGCGGGUCCGGCCCGGGGGCUGGGCCACCGCCGGGUUAAAGGCGGCUCCUUCCCGGGGCGCUGCUCUCGCCUCCGCACCCUGGCCCCGCUGUGAUGGCCUCGUCGCCACUCCUGCCGGUCCUGCCGCCCCUGUUCUUGCUGCUGCUACUGCCGCCGGAGAUCCCCGCGGCGGCGCGGGCGUCUCCGCUGGGGACACUCCCCGAGGGGGCGGCCGCCUGCAAGGCUGGGGGCCUGUGCCUGCCGGUGCCCCUCAGGAAGUCACAAGCACCUCCUGUCAACGUAAGCCUCUACUACGAGGCGCUGUGCCCCGGCUGCCGGGCCUUCCUGGUCCGAGAACUUUUCCCGACCUGGCUGAUGGUGCUGGAGAUCCUCAAUGUCACACUGGUGCCCUAUGGAAAUGCCCAGGAACAGAAUGUCAGCGGCCGGUGGGAGUUCACCUGCCAGCAUGGGGAGCAGGAAUGCAAGCUCAACAAGGUGGAGGCCUGCCUGUGGGACCAGCUGGAGAAGGACACAGCCUUCCUGACCAUUGUCUGCAUGGAGGAAAUGGAUGACAUGGAGAAGAAUCUGAAACCGUGCCUGCAGAUCUAUGCCCCAGAGGUGUCCCCGGACACCAUCAUGGAGUGCGCAAUGGGGGACCGGGGCAUGCAGCUUUUGCAUGUCAAUGCCCAGCUUACCGAUGCCCUGCAGCCGCCCCACGAGUAUGUGCCCUGGGUCGUCGUCAAUGGGAAACCCCUGAAAAAUCCAAGUCAGCUCCUAAGCCUCGUGUGCCACCUGUACCAGGGUGAGAAGCCAGACAUCUGCCAACCUGUGGCCAGCUCCCAGAGGGAAGUCUGCUUCAAGUGACAGCUGGUGCCCCGGGAGGGACCUGCUGGAGGAAGAACAGGAGCGCAUCUGUCCCUGCCUGUCUGGUCCCUGACUCUCAGCAGCCCCUGCCUACCAUCCAGAUAACUUCUACACAUUCCAUGAAAGCCCAGACUCAGACUCCUGCCCCAGGAUCAAACAUCUUGCCCCACUGAGAAUGGUGCUACAUUGAAACGAGUUUAAUAAACACUUCUGGAUUUUGUGAUUCAU